CAAAGAGAGAAAGUGUAGCGGCGACGCCUCCUCCUCCUGCUGCUGCCUCUAAACCUGCCCUCACUGAGGAAGAGCUGGAGAAGAAAUCCACUGCUAUCAUUGAGGAGUAUCUGCACAUCAAUGACCUGAAGGAGGCGCUGCAGUGCGUCAGUGAGCUGAACUGCUCGUCUCUGCUCUCGGUGUUCGUCCGCACAGGAAUCGAGUCGACUCUGGAGAGAAGCACGCUCGCUAGGGAACACCUGGGUUUACUGUUUCACCAGCUGCUCAAAACACAAACACUAACAACACAACAAUACUACAAAGGGCUGAUGGAGGUGCUGGAGGUGGCGGAGGACAUGGCUAUAGAUAUCCCUCAUAUCUGGUUGUAUCUGGCGGAGCUGAUCUGCCCAAUGCUGCAUGAAGGAGGCAUUCCCAUGGGGCCGCUCUUCAGGGAGCUGAGCAAACCUCUGCUGCCGCUGGGGAAAGCUGGAGUCCUGCUGGUGGAGAUCCUCAAGCAGCUCUGCAAAGGAAUGAGUCAUAAGAAGGCCGGUGUGAUGUGGAGAGAAGCUGGACUGAACUGGAGAGAGUUUCUGCCUGAUGACCAGGACGUCAACAAGUUCGUCACCGAGCAGGCUGUGGAGUUCACAGUUCUGGGCGAGGAGUCUGUGUUUGAGGGCAGUAAGUCGUCUCUGAGUCCCGCACAGAUCUCUGCAGAGCUGGAGCGCCUCCUGCAGGAGAAAGCAGAUAACCAGAGGAUCCUGGACUGGCUCGAGGCUAAUCUGGACGAGCAGCAGGCCACGUCUAACAUGCUUGUGCGCGUGCUGAUGACCUCCGUCUGCCAGUCCUCCAUCAUCUGUGACAAUCCGUAUAAAGUGGACACUAAAGAGAUGAGCCAGCGGGCGAAGCUGCUGCAGCGCUACAUUAAAGACGAGCAGAAGGAGCUGCAGGCGCUCUACGCUCUACAGGCACUGAUGGUGCAGAUGGAGCAGCCGCCCAAUCUGCUGCGAAUGUUCUUCGAUGUCUUGUAUGAUGAGGACGUGAUAAAAGAGGAGGGUUUUUACCGCUGGGAGUCGAGUAAAGAUCCUGCGGAGCAACAGGGCAAAGGCGUCGCCCUCAAAUCAGUCACCGCCUUCUUCACCUGGCUGCGCGAAGCCGAGGACGAAUCAGACAACAGCUAGACCCCAUUAACCCCGCCCACUAGGGAGAAUGAUUGACAUGUGGAGUGAAAGGAAAAAAAAAAGAAAAAGAAAAAAAUCUAUAUAUUUGGGAGAUUUUCGAACAUGGUGAUUUUUUUUUUUUAUGUUUUGUUUUUUUUUUGCGCGAGAGAAGACGAAUCAGACAACUGCUAGAUCCCUGGCCCUGCCCACUACGCAGAAUGAUUGACAUGAGGAGUGAAAGGAAAAAAAAAGAAAAGAAAAAAAUAUAUUCUUGAGAGAUUUAUGAACACGGUGAAUUUUUACUGUUUUUUUUUUCGUUGUUGUAAUUAUUAUUAUUAUUAUUACUUUUGCGCGAGAGAAAACAAAUCAAACAACUGCUAGAUCGCUGGCCCCGCCCACUACACAAUGAUUGGUACGAGUAGUGAAAGAAAAAAUGUAAGAUAAAAGUAUAUAUAUUUGAGAGAUUUUCGCACACGGUGACUUUUUACUGUUUUAUUUUUAUUUUUUUGUAGUUGUAUAUUAUUUUUGCGCAACAGAAGACGAAUCAUAUAACAGCUAGAUCCCUUUACCCGCCCACUACACAGAAUAAUUAGCACGAAGAGCAAAAGAAAAUAUAUAUAUAAAAUAUAUAUAUUUAUGGGAAAUUUUCGAAUACAGUUAUUUUUGCUGACUUUUUUUCCCAAAUUUUUUUGUUGUGCAAAAGAAGACUUAUCAGAUAAUCGCUAGAUCCCUGGCCCCGCCCACUACACAGAAUGAUUUACAUGACGAGCAAAAGAAAAAAAUUUAAAUAUGGGAAUUUUCAAAUACAGUGAACUUUUGAUGAGGGUUUUUUUUUUAUUUGUUACGCAAAAGAAGACGAAUCAGACAACAAUUAGAUCCCUAGCCCCGCCCACUACAUAGAAUGAUUGACAUGAAGAGCGAAAUAAAAAAAUUAUAUAGCAAAUUUUUGCAGGUUUUUUUUUUUCUUAUUUUUUUGUUGUACAAAAGAUGUCGAAUCAGAUAACUGCUAGAUCCCUGGCCCCGCCUACUACACAGAAUGAUUUAUAUGACGAGCAAAAGAAAAAAUAUAUAUAUGUAGGAAAUUUUUAAAUACAGUGAAUUUUUGAUAAGGGUUAUUUUUUCGUAUUUUUUUGUUGCGCAAAAGACGGCAAAUCAGACAACAACUAGAUCCCUAGCCCCGCCCUCUACACAGAAUGAUUGACAUGCAGACCACAAGAAAGAAAAAAAUAUAUAUACAUAGCAAAUUUUCGAAUACAGUGAAUUUUGGCAGUUUUUUUAUUUGUAUUUUUUUGUUGUGCAAAAGAGGACGAAUCAGAUAACAGCUAGAACCCUGGCCCCACCCACUACAGUGAAUGAUUGACAUGAGGAGUGAAAGAAAACAUAUAUUUUGGAGGUUUUGAACACUGAAUUUUUACUGUUUAUUUUUUUUCCGUCGGUAUUUUUAUUUUUAUUUGUCUUUUGCGCGAGAGAAGACGAAUAAGAAUACAGCUAGAUCCCUGGCCCCGCCCAAGAGCAAAAGAAAAAAACUAUAUAUUUUGGAGAUUUUUGAACAGGGAAUUUUUACUUUUUAGUUUUUUUAUUCGUCGUUAUUUUUUAUUCCUAUUAUUUUUUUGCGUGAGAGAAUUUGCCGUUGAAACUGAAACUGAAUAAACGCGAUAAUGAAAGUAUUAGAGGAUGACAAGCCUUACCUUUCUGGAGUUUUUAGCCGUUAGAUUUGCUGCUCGCACCCUGUUGCUAUGGAGACGGACGCUGCCGAUGACAUCACACGGAACUGCGAAAGUUGCUCAGAGUUCUAUUUUUCCUUUUCAGAUCUUUAUAUUCGUCUGGUUUGGCGUGAAGCGGCUGAUUGUGUGCGUGUUGCUGUGACCGAGGAGGAUCGGUUUAUUUCAUUUUAUUUUUCGCUUAUUAUUAUUUUUUGUUUGUUUAGUUCUAGUGGAGUGAUUUGAGCUCUUUUUUUCUACGUUUUUUUAUCUAUGAUGGAAAAUCUAAAUACAUCAAUGCAAGCUGCAUCGCCUGUUUCAGAGCUGCGGGUUUCGGUUGUUUGGUUGCGGCUCUUCUUGGCGACGCACAUGCUGAAAAAACUUGCUAGAAACUCUAAACUUUGACCUUUUUGCUGCUGCUGCUGCUACUGCUGGCUGAACGGUUCAUUGUACACAUCACGUACGUGGAGAAAACUUCAAAAAAAUAAAAUAAAAAUGAGAGCAGAGACUUCAGGAGGACCAGGACGUGAGCCUGUAGUGGACUUUACAAACACAAAUCAUUACGACUUGAAGAUAUAUAUAGAAAUAAACUCUUAAAGUGUUUAAAAAAAAACAUACGGAAAAGCUGGAGAAUGAGAGAAUACAAAAACUACAUGCCUUUCUGCUGCCUGAAGAUGCAAUUCAGGAGCGUCCUGUAAAUAUGACUUUUGUUUUGUUUGUUUUUUUCGAUAAUAAAAAUGCUAACUUUAAUGCCAUGUAUUAAUUUUUGGCUUUUUUUUUUUUCCUUUUUUUUUUUUUUGGGCGGUUUAACCACACCCGGCUUGUACAAUUAUCCUCCUCUAGUUAUUAUUGAUUAUAGUUUAAUGAAAUUAUGUAAAUAUUUCUCUUUUUUUGCUUUAAGUAUUUAAUUAAGAGAAAUUAAUGCCUCUUUUCACAUUUGAAACUGGAAAAGAUAAUAAAGACAUUGCAAUGAAAAAAAAA